AUGCAGGCUACCAACGAUGUUUGUCCGCCCACGAACAAUCACACUAGACCCGAUCCCCAGGUCGAGCGGAAGCUAGUGGAUAUUUUCUUCAGCCGAGUUCACCCCCGAUACCCAUUUCUAGACAGGUUCAGCUUUGAGGAGUUCUACCAAUCCUACCAACUGUCUAAGGAUACAAGUCGGGUUAGUCCAUCCAAGCCGUUCCACCUUCAUAUGGUUCUCGCAAUCAGCGCCCGCAUUAUGCAGCUUCAUCCGGAAAUGGGCGGGAACAUCAACCCGGAGUUUUACUAUUCGAACGCUACUCGAUAUGUUGAUGAGGCACUGCAGGUUCCUGGGCUAGAGAGGAUUCAAUCAUUACUUUUGCUCGCGCUAUACAUUCUUCGUACCCCGGGUAGUAUUUCUAACUUAGGCGGCUGGCACAUCAUUGGAUUCGCGGUUCGGUAUGCAGUAGAAUUGGGAAUGCACCGCAACAUCAAGUGUGGCGGCCCACGAGCACAGGAUCCAUAUCGUAUUGAGAUUCGGCGACGAGUGUUUUGGAGCGCUUAUGUUCUUGACCGUGCUGUAUCCUUGACUCUAGGACGUCCGUUCGCCCUGUCGGAAAAUGAUAUCGAUGUUGAUUUGGAGGCAUCAUACCGGUUGGCUAAAUCAUAA